AUGACAUCGAUGACAGAUUUGGAUCAAAACGAGGAUAAUAAUCAUGAUGACCUUGUAGGAUUUGUGGAGGUGAAGAUGAUCACUCUGAUCAUUCUGAAUGAAAAGAGGAUGAUAUUGAUGCCUUUUUCGACAAAGAGGAAGGUAAGCCCCCGUGAGCCUGAAGGUUCAUAUCAGGAUAAAGAUGAUAAUAGGAAAUAUCUCGAUGAUGAAAGUGACCCGGUCACUCUGGGGGUUCAGGUGAGACUCACGGUGGGACUGAGUGAUGCUAAGGACUCCUUUUGUGCCAAAGUAGAAUUAGAUGAUGCUAAUGACUCAUUUUGUAAAAAAAACGAUGACGAUGAAGAUGCCGACUGGAGUGACGGGGGUAAUAACUUUACUGAUAGUGAAGCUGAGUUCGAGAGAGACUAUAAAGACGAUAACUCCAUCGAAAGUGAGCUGGAUAACGAUGAAGAUGUCAAGUGGAGUGACGGUGAUACUGAUAACUCCAUCGAUAGUGAAGGUGAGGUGGAUGACGAUAAAGAUGUCGAGUGGAGUGACGGUGAUGAUGAUCCCAUUCGGUGA